GGGUCAGUCCUCAGGAGGGAGGGGCGGAGGCCCUAACAUAUUUGAACACAAAUUAUAUUAACAUAGACAAGAAAUACAAACUUGUUAAUCAUCUCUUAAAGUGAUCCUCUAACUUAAAUACAUGUAGGCUCUAAUAAACCACAGUUGUUCUCUUGUACUAAAAUAUGUUGUUAGAAACACAUAAAAUGUUAAAUCAAUGGCAAUAUUUUAUAAUAUUUAGUCCAUAUUUUGACCGUUAGUUGGGGCCAUGGUUUGCGGGCUCGCAGUGAUGACGUCAUUGGUAUCUUGCGUGUUCAACAAUUGCUUAUUGCUGCCUAAACUCGCGAAGUAAAAUGCCACGAUGUGCUGCAAUUUCCAGUCAAAUGGAAACAAGGGGAGUGAAGUGAGUAGUCAAGGUGGAAUUAUUAUUUUUACUGAAUAAAUGUGCACAAGUGGAAGCUUCUCCCCCUUUUUGGUCCCUGUAUGCACGCAUCCUACCCACCACGCGUUACAACUAGCACCCAAACAUUUUUCCUGGAUCCUCAGUCAAGUAAGGGAUCCGUCUAUUUUCUGGAUCCGACGGUCCCACCGCGUCUGCAAUAUUGGUUUCGGUUCUGUCCAUUUUUUUGAUUCGUCGGUCCCACAGCGGCUUUUUGGAUCAGUCUAUUUUGUGGAAUCGACAGCCUAAUCGCGGCUGCGACAUUGCCAUGGUGUCAGUCUAAUUCCUGGAUCUUCGAGUGAGUAAAAAACGCAGAUUUGGAUUACUAUUGCUAUCAUUUUUGUUGACUAUUCUUCGUGGGAGUUUUCCCCAAAUCAUACUAAAUAAUUAAAGCACUAUGGCACGCUACAGUGACGACAGUGACUCUGGCGUGGACCUUACAACAAUGUUGGGAGUUCGUCAGGGAACGUGUGUUUGCGUACUACUGAGCUCCCGAGUGAAAAGUGGUCAAGGUGAAAAUAUUAUUUUUUGUGAAUAAAUGUGCAUAAGUGGAAGCUUCUCCCCUUGUCGGUACUUUUAUACACGUAUCCUAGCUACCACGCGUUACAAUGGUCAAGACAUGGAUUACACAAGGUGUGCUCUUUGGCCUGUACUGUAUGUAAAGCACACGACAGCUCUGGAUGCUAACAAUCUACAUAAUUAUAUUGGGAUAAGUUUGAAAACGCAAUAUGCUUACCUUGAAUAUCUGCUACUAAAACCGGACAGCAUCCACUCUCGCUCCCAACCGGACUUCCGAACAGGACUCUCUCGCAUCACCAGUUUUGCCCAACUUUGGUCUUAUCAGGUAUUUGCUGCACACAUUUUUCCCUGAAGCUCGUCUUGUGAACGACCGACAGUGCUGUCCUGCUCUUCACUUUUCAGAUCUGGUUCAAAUAGGAAGGGUAGAACUGACGAUAUGUUGGGAAAGCUAACGAGUGACGCACUGGGAUUUCCGCAACGGGACCAGUGACGUCACGCACUGCGACGUAACAAGAAUGGCGACCUAUCACUUAAAAUAAUUUUACAAACUUUAUUAAAACAAAAACUUUAAGAGGGGUUUUAAUAUCAAAUUAUUAUAACUCAUACUAUCAUGUAUCUUUUAAGAAUUACUUGUCUUAAAAACAGAGGAUCCCUUUAAGUAUCCAGGAAUGCAAAAAAAUAUAAAAUAAACAUUCGUCAAAAUAAAUUAAAUACAACAACAACAGAAAAAACUUCUUAGUCAGGGAAUAACAAAAAUAAAUAAAAAUGGAGCCUUCUUUCAGGGAAAACACUACUGCUUUUGUCCGCAAGCACAGCCAAACUCAAAAAAACAAAAAAAUGAAAGCUCCUUUGGGCUGCUUUAAGACCACAUGAAGAUAAUAACAAUGAACACUGGGGAGAAAGGGGUAAACCUUGGUACACUAAAUUUCUUACAGCUGAGCAGAGUUUACUAUAUUUUUCACAGUUUAAUUAACGUUAAGAUAGUAGAAAACACAUGCAGAAGGACACUUCUCCUAAGCAACUUCCUACUCCGUUAGCAAGUUCACACAGUUUAAUGUAAUGGUAAUGCUAAACUGUGAUGCAGGUCGGACUUUCAGUAGCAAAAUUACACCCCCUAGCUAAAAUUAUGGACUCACCAGUCUCAGACAAGCACUCACUCAGACAUUUUAUCAUGUAGAACAAACUCCGAUAAAAAGCUUGAAAAAAUAAGGAAUUCGUUCAAAAGUGCAACUCAUUAGGAAAUAGAAGCACUAAAAUAAAUUGAUAAAAAAUAUUGUGGUGGUCAGUAAAUGUUAAUUUUAUAGAGUAAGUGCGGGAAAAUAUAUAUGGAAUCACUCCGUUCGGAGGAAAAAAAUACGGAAUCAUGAGAAACAAUCAAAGAAAUAUCAUUCAAAACACAUCUCUAGUAUUUAGUAGCACCACCUCUGGCUUUUAUGACAGCUUGCAGUCUCUGAAGCAUGGAACUGAUGAGUAUUCUUCAUCAAUUUGGUGCCAACUCUUUUUGAUUGCAGUUGCCAGAUCAUCCUUGCAGGUUGGAGCCUUGCUGUGGACCAUUUUUUCAAUUUCCACCACAGGUUAUCAAUAGGGUUGAGAUCUGGGCUAUUUGCAGGCCAUGACAUUGACUGGAUGAGUCUUUCUCCAAGGAAUGCUUUAACCGUUUUAGCACUGUGGCAUGAUGCUUUGUCAUCUUGGAAAAUGACAAACAUAUUUUCAAUUGAAGGGAUAGGAAAGCUGUCUAAAAUUUCAAUGUAAACUUGUGCAUUUUAUGAAGAUUUAAUCACAUCCAUCUCCUCAGUGCCUUUGCCUGACAUGCAGCCCCAUGUCAUUAAGGACUGAGGGAAUUUUGAUGUCUUCUCUAGGCAGUCAUCUUUGUCAAUCUCACUGGAACACCACCAAACAAAAGCUCCAGCAUCAUCAGCUUGUCAAGGGUCAAGAAUCUGCAUUGGAAUUCUCAUUUGCAUUAGUGGCGGCUUUUAUUUUGGUGUGGCAGUGCGCCACGAUAUUUCCUAUGUACAGGAAACCCUGAAUGAUACAAAAAUCCUGUUUACAUACAAUACACUAUAGGUAAUCAUCCCACACUGAGAAACUAAAUUAUAUGCGUCCCAUAUUGAACUUACAAUGGACGCGCUUUGUCCCGUAUAAUCAUGACUAUAUUGCAUGACAAGUUGAGGAUCCAUCCAAAGUCCUUUUGGCAAAGAAUGCUUCCAGCGGGAUGGACAAAAUUUCAGUGUCCGAUAAAAGCUGGCUCAAAGUGUCACUGAGACAAAAGGCCCACAAACACCUACGGUCACUGGUGCACUGACCUACAGUAUUUAGGACAUAUAUAGAGUACAUAUAUGGUUGUGAGCGUCUGGUUGGGAAUUGGGAUUUUGGCCAAGACCCCUUCUGGUGACUGUUUCCUGUCAUUUGAUUGGUGAAUAUCUUAAGUAGGGGUUGAGGUCGCCCCUUCUUCAAUGAUGCCAACUAGCUCUAGCUCCCUCUCCAGGGCUUCCUCCUACGGUGUUGACCUUCUUUCAGUUGGCACUCACACGUUAAGAGACACUAUUUAUUUUUCAUCAACUUCUGCUGCUCCACAAUCUGAUUCCCCAUGUGUUUUAGUUUCUGCCAACCAACAAAAGUCUAUUAAUCACUUCUUGCCUCCUGUUAUUCCAUUGUCUUUAAAGUACAUCCCUUAUGAAUGUGGGCAAACUCAAGUGCUUGUAUUGCUGAGUCCUGAGUCAUUAAAUGCUAAUUAAGGUCCCGUAAAUGCACUUCUAAUUUCCUUGCAAUUAAAAUUCAGCGACAUUUUUAAUGACUGUAGUGUGAAGCUUAUUUUUCAUAUGUCUAUACUAGUUGAAGCUCAGUCUCAAACACUCUGAAAUGUCCAAUGAUAUGUAUCUUGUUUCUCCAAAGGUAAUGCACAGCCAAAUAACCAAUCCUGGAGAUGCCGAAGAGAAGAGAUAUUCUUGCAAUCGUGUUGAUCGUGUUACCCUGGACUCUGCUCAUCACAGUUUGGCACCAAAGCGCUAUCGCUCCGCUCCUCGCUAUCCACAAGGCAUGUCACCACCUAGUAAAAGAGAUCUUUAUCAUUCCCGAGAGGCUCGCGGUUCGACACCGACUCUCAGAUGACGGUGUUGAGGGCAGGAGAGAGACAGGUGGCCAAGCAGGAGAUUCCAAGGAAUACUGCGCCUCUGAUAAAGACAUUGUGGAGGUGGUGAGGACAGAGUAUGUGUACACACGCCCACCGCCUUGGUCUGACGUACUGCCCACCAUCCACAUCAUCACACCCACGUACAGUCGACCUGUGCAAAAGGCCGAGCUGACGCGGCUGGCUAACACCUUCCUCCACAUUCCCAAUCUGCACUGGAUCCUUGUGGAGGAUUCGCAAAGGAGGACAUCUCUUGUGACACGCCUCCUCCGAGAAACUGGCCUGAACUACACUCACCUAAAUGUUGAAACGCCCAGGAACUAUAAGCUGCGGGGGGACACUAGGGAUCCUAGAAUCCCCCGGGGGACCAUGCAGAGGAAUCUGGCGCUUCGGUGGUUGAGAGAGACGUUCAACAUAAAUAGUACUCAAGCUGGAAUAGUCUACUUUGCAGAUGACGACAAUACUUACAGUUUGGAGCUGUUUGAGGAGAUGAGAUCAACUCAGAAAGUUUCUGUGUGGCCCGUGGCCUUUGUGGGCGGCCUGCGCUACGAGUCACCCAAGGUCAACGCAGCAGGGAAAGUGUACGGCUGGAAGACUGUGUUCGACCCCCAUCGGCCUUUUGCCAUCGACAUGGCCGGCUUUGCCAUCAACCUGAGGCUCAUCCUUUUCAAGCCUCAGGCAUACUUCAAGCUUCGUGGGGUGAAGGGAGGCUACCAGGAGAGUAGUUUGCUGCGGGAACUUGUCACACUCAACGACCUGGAACCCAAAGCAGCCAAUUGCACUAAGAUACUUGUUUGGCACACAAGAGCAGAGAAGCCCGUCCUCGUAAAUGAAGGGAAAAAGGGAUUCACAGACCCAAAUGUGGAGAUUUAACCAUUCCUCCCCUAUCCCCUGGAAGAUUUGACUUUGGAUUCUUGAACAUUCUUGCUGAAGAUGGCCUUUGAGGUCCAACAUAUGUGACAUUUUCGUCCAAAUGAACAAAGCCGUAUCAAUGUAUUAUAUCAAAGCACAGAUUGGCAGGAAGCGGCUUUUAUUUAUGAGGUCUCUGAACGAGACAUCGUCAAGGACAUCUGGCUAGACAGAGUGGGUGUUUCACCUCUUGCAACCUAACAAAAAGACAGCACAAUUUCAACCAAGUCAGGUUAUAGAAAAACCUUACACCUGAACAAAAUUUAUCAAAAAAGGAAAAACAAUGAAAAAUAAUGGACUAACUUGUCUUUUGGAUUUUACUCCAAGCGAAUCACUGGAAGGAAUGGAAUGUUCUUUUGAUAACGAUGUAAUGUUUGCGUUAAUUUAAUUGAACUUGUUUAGGUGUUGACAAAACUACUGAUUCACACAUUAACAUUUACUGUUGCGUUACCAUAAUUCAUACAUUGAGUUAUAUUGAACACUUGAAGAUGCCACAGUUGUAAAUGUACAUUUAAAAAAGAAUUGCACCUUUUACUUAGCACUUAAAAAUACACGGAUGGUAUUUCUUUGUGACAAUGUGUGUAAAUAAUUCUUCAUGGAAGCAAUCAGGAAAUAUUGUUUAAAAUGCAUUGUAACUACUGUAUUUAUAUUGGCCCAUUAUGAAAAAUAAUAGCACAGUAGAGGUUUUGAUGAAAGGUCCAGUUUGUGAUGAAAAUCAAUGCUGAAAAGCCAAUUUUUUGGUUUCCUCAUGUUACACAUGCAACAUUUCCCAUUAAUAUUUUUUUUUGGGGGGGGGGGCAAAGGUUACAGCACUUGAAUGUGGAUAAGCCACAUUACUGUCAUGAAGUUUAAGAAAUUACUUUUUUCCAAUGUCAAUUUUCUACUCGUGAGUAUUCUCAUACAGAAUCUGACAUAUUUGGAGCAAGGCUCAGGCUUCUUAAAUGCAUUCCGUCAGGUGUCUUGGUUAAAGCUCAUUCGAUCAAAGGUGUUUAUGGCAGGUACAUACUAAACACUCCUCGACUUUUUAAUCGAUAAAAUAUUUCAAAACAAGCAUAUAUAUUUUCAAACAAGGCCUCUAUUAUUUAAAAAAAGUAAUGAUAAUAAUAAUAAUACUUAUCAAAGUCAUACAAGAGAGCUGGCUAAGAAUAAUUUGGCUGAAACAAUCUUUGGAAGAAUCGUACUACUAAUGAUGUCAUUUCAUGACUAUCCAAAUGUCAUGCAUGAACUCAACUUUCGACAUCAGCAGCGGUAAUAAAGCUAUAUUGUCUGUGACAGUAAUAUUCACAUACAUUUUCAACUAGAUAAAUCAGCGCUUAUCUAAACUGCGCCGGGCAGAAGCAAUUGGAGAUGAGUCAAAUGCCGAGCCUCUGUACUGCUGCCGAGUUAUAUCUCAACAGAUGCAUCGCCCGUAAUACAGCACAACGGGAGGGCAGCCCAUAAAGAUUGUUCCAGUCUAAAUACUACAAUUGGUGAAUCAUGAUACUGUCUCAGAAAAGGACAAAACUCACCAUCCUUCCUGCUUUUAUUUACUGCAUGGCUGGGCACUUGCAUUGGCCAUAGGCAUCAUAUCCUGCAAUUUGUUUAACUGUUUUUUUCGUAAGUCUAUAUUUAUUUGUGUAUAUAUUUGAGGUACGGGUGUGCAAUAAAACCACAGCAUUGUCUGCCCUGUUCUGAAACAGCAUGCACACACAUGCACAAACACUGUAAUCCACCAUGGAUCAUCAUAUCAACAAAUAUGUAAUUAGCAAUAGUAGAUUCAAAUGAUUUAAAAGGUUUUAAAUUGUCUACAAUAUGAAUGUGCAGUCAAUCAGAAGCUCGCAGAAAACCCUUUUUUUUUUCUAUAUUUAAUGGCAUUUGAUAAGCAUUAACAGCCCUUUCAAAGGCUUCUAAGGCACAAUACAAUCCACAUAAGUGCUCCCUUGUUUCCUCAUCUUCACAUUCAUCCUCAAGAGAAUCACACUUUAUGCAUGGGACUUUUAAAGGCUGUCCAUUUGCCUCUGUGAAUUUGUCUCAGAGAAAGAUGGUAUUUCAAGAACUGAGAAAAAUAAACAACUGAGAACAUCCUGACUGACAUGACUAUUAUGUUCAUUUGUAUUAUCUUCAUAUCUACUUUCCUGCUGGCCUUUGCUCAUGUUUACUGUUCCUGACAAAAUUAUACCCCCAUUAUACCCACAGCUGAACUAGAUGUAACCAUUUAAGGUUUAUUAAACGUUAGGGAUCCUUUUGCUGAAUUUUCCUGACCACUUGAUGGUCACUCGUGAAGCAUACUGUAAUCGUUAAACCAAACCCCAAGAAAAAUUGGCAUAUUUCAGCCAAGCCCAUGAAGCCGUUUGAUUAACAGAAGUGGUGGACUUCCUAAACGAGACGGCUACCAGGACUAGGAGUGGGAACCUUUUGGUACCUCACGAUACGAUAAGAUUAGCGAAACAAAGCUCACAAUAAUGAUGAUCUGACGAUAUGGCGAUACAACAAUUAUCUAUUGGCAGUGUUAUUAAUAACGCUGUUAGAAUAUAACAGCGUUACUAACAGCGUUAUUUUCUUCAGUAGUAAGUAAUGCAAUUAAUUAAUUUUCUCAUCUUGGCAACGCCGUUAACGUUACUGAGGCGGGAAAGGCGUGCGUUAUUAUGCGUUGCGAUGUUGGUUGACUGACGCAAGAAAAGUCUGAAAAAGACAGACUCACGGAGACGAGAGAGCAGAGCAGGAGUGGGGAGGACGCAAGGGAGUGUGACGCCGUUGCAAAUGCGAUGCUACCAUGCUAGGAGGCUCCAAUAAUACCUGACUGUAGCCGAUAGCCUACAAUCUACGCCCACAUGAUGCUUCAGUAGAUAUCACAUAUAUACAGAACUGUCAUGUACGAGACGGAGGAACCAGUUGCGUAUCGCAGACACAGGAUUUUAUUGAUUUUGACAGGCAAAGGAAACAAUCAGGUCAAGCGGUAAUGGCUAGUUGGCAUGCAAACAUAUGCUGAAUCGAUGACGACCUAACACUGAAUGUUGUCUGUUCGAGGCUUACAUAGUGUUCUUAGUUGUUCUUUGUGACAUAAUAAAGGGUACACAGUACAUGUGACAAAAGCUUUGUGAUGCAUGAAUGUGAUGCAAUAUGCUGAAACAUUAAUAGCUGCAACAUUAAUACAUGCAAUAUGAUGAAACAUUAAUAGCUAAAACAUUAACACAUGACACAGAACUAGACGCAAAUGACAGACACGGCGGCAUUAACAACAAGUAUAAUAAAGAACUAGAUGCGUUAGUAAACAGCCGCCAUCUUAAAGCAGUAGACUUCUCAAGAAGGCUCUGUUGUAGAGAAUCUUCCUAGCGAACCUAAGUAACUUUUUAUCUAAAAUACUCCUAAAUCGGCAAAAGUUAACUUAAAUCUAUGUUUAAAUGAUGAAACAGUUUUAAAACUUACACAAGUCGAAAAUAGACAGAAGGGAACUAAUGCAAUAACGGAAGCAAUUUUAACAACUUUAACGGUUGAUUCACAACAUUAAAUGACUUCCACACAUAGCAAAGGUUGCUAUCUAGUUAUCGCAAUAUCUGCAAUAUCCCUGUGUCUAGUUAAGUUUAGGGUAUAGAAUUGGGCUAGGGCCAAUUGUCCCCAAAACCCUUUAAACUUCACAUUGGGUGACCGUUUUUUUUUUUUGUUUUUUGUUUUUUGACUAAAGAUAAAAAAAACUUAUCACCAGUUACUUUGCCAAGUAACUAAUUACUCUUACAUUUAGGUAACUGAGUUACUAAUGCAAUUACUUUAUGGGUGAAGUAAUUUGUAACUGUAAUUAAUUACUUUUUUAAAGUAAGAUUAAAACACUGUCUAUUGGACAGGAAAAUCAUUCCAGGAUAUUCUACAAAGAACUAAUAAACAGAAAAACAAGAUUCUGCUUACAUUCAGGUAACUGAGUUACUAAUGCAAUUACUUUACGGGAGAAGUAAUUUGUAACUAAUGACUUUUUUAAAGUAAGAUUAACAACACUGUCUAUUGGUCAGGAAAAUCAUUCUAGAAUAUUCUACAAAGAACUAAUAAACAGAAAAACAAGCUUCUGCUGUGAAUUGGAAUUAGUUUAACACUAGUAGACGUCCAAUCCAUUUGAACUGGGAGGGUGGCAGCGAAUUUGUUCAUUCGUUGUCAUCUCUCUCACUUCAAAUGGUUUGGACCUCUAUGGACAUCAGUGGCAGCCAAUGCCAGGCAAUGAGAUAAUUUUGGGCCAUUUAAGGUCAUUUACCUGUUUAUUUUCAGUAACGUCCUGUUGAUUUUGGGGUAUUUUAUGGGUCACUUCCUGUUUAUUUUGCGUUACAGAACAGAACGUGACCUGGGAAUCACCCAAAUGAAUAGGCAGUGACUCAAACUCAACAGGAAAUCACCUUGAAAUGCCCUAAAAUGAACAGCAAGUGACCUGUUAAUGCCCCGAAAAUCGGACCAAAUGACGGUGAAUGCUCUGGUUUGAAUGAACGAAUGUUACCAGUCUAAAUGGAUUAGAGUUAACUGAGACACUAUUAUGGUGGAAGAUUUUGGUAGCAUUUUUUUUUUUUUUUUUUUUUUUUUUAUACAUUGACACCUUUAUAAAACGAUAUCUCAAUUCUUGACAGGAGCAUAUCGAUAACCUUUUGGGAUACAAAGUAUCACGAUAAAUCACCAUUUCGAUAUUUAGGACAUUACAGAAGUUGACAUUCCCCACAAUUCAAAAUAGUUCCCGGGUUUGCAAAAAUGUCUUUGACAGUAAGUGUAACUGUGGUGUUCGUUAACACUCAAUUGGCACUUUGUGUACACCAGAACACAAUUUCUGUAAUGAACGGCAAGCUAUUGAACGGGCACACCAAAAAAACAGAUAUGACAAAAAAUCUGAAUUAUGCAUUAAGACCUGAUGUAUUAACCUAGCCUAUGAGUGGCCCAAAAACCUUCUUCUGCAAGGAUUUGGACAUUUUUUGUGAGAGUCAAGCACAAGAACUUCUUCACAGCUCCUCGAUCACGUCUUUGUUUUCAACAUUUCAGUGACGACAGCUUUGAAAGCCUAGGAAGAUACAACCUUGGUUUUUCAAACACGUAAGAAGACCCUUACUGGCUUUUCUAAUUCUAAAAUUUCAUGGAAUUUUGUUGAUAUAGGAGGGCAAAACCAACUGCUUGUUCGUUGAAUUAUGACCUGUUUUUAUUUUGUUUUGUUGCUUGCCUGUCAUAAGACAGCUGACAGGUUGUCUAUUCAUUUCAAAUUGCUGUUUAUUACUUGAUUGCACCCUGUUUUUUGUUGUUGCUUGCGUGUCACAAGACAGCUGACAGGUUGUCUCUCCAUGUCAAUUUGAUAUAUUUAUUACAAGAUCUAUAUAACUACUUGUCUGUUUUUGCAAUUACUGAUAAUUAUAUCACAGAAUGACUGGGGAAAGAAAGGUUCAGAGAGAAAUUACGAUGCUAGACAUAGGCCAACCACUCUUCCUUUCAUGAAGUGUCAAGCUGCCUACCAGCCUCAUGACCAACGUCUACUGUGCCGAGUAAAUCAUCGUCCUCUGACGCCUCAGGUUCUAACACGUAAGGACUAAUUGUAGAUAAUCUUUCCUGGGAGCCUUUGCCGUCGUUAGCGUCACAAAGGAACGAUCCUGAAUGGUUAC